AUGGCUAAUCUCGGCUUCCCGGCAGCUACUGAAUCUCUGGGAGUGCAGCGCCAGCGGCGGACGAGGAGAACCAUCCCUGCAGACCUCCUGUGUGGCCCCAAUUUUGCGAAGCUCCAGGCUGGCAUACUCAACGAUAGAAGCACUGCUCUGCAGUUCAUGCACCAGCAGACGACAGAGACGAUAUCAUGGAACCUGGCGCCCGAGGUGGGGACUGGGCUGCUGCUGGCGGCCGCACAGGACCCUGGCCGGCCAACCUGCUGCGUCGCAAUGCACUCCCUGCACGCCGAGAGCGGCUUGUUUGCGCCGCGCGGCCGCAUGCCCCUGCCUCCGAUCGGUUCAGACGCACCCGCCUUGCCAGGCCGGCACGACAACAGCUUCUCGCAGGUGGUGUCGCUACACCCGCUGGGAGGACCGCUGAUGACCUACUGCGCAGCGUCCUUUGGGGGCAUCAUUGCAGUGUAUUCGACCACCAUUGCCCCAGGAGAGAUCCCCAAGUCAAAGACGGCAUGGCCGGCCCACUCUGCGGACGUGACCAGCAUGCACUGCUCACAGCACGGCAUGCACCUCUUCUCCGGCGCGCGCGACGGCUCCAUUCACAUAUGGGAGCUGAAGGCAAAGCCGUCCAAGCCGUCUGUCAGCUUCCGCCACAGUGCUGCGGUGACGGGGCUGCACCUCGUCAAUGACAGGCACUUGGCGACCUGCAGCAUGGAUGGCCGCCUACUCCUGUGGGACAUUCGCCGGCCCAUGCAGCCUCUGCGCAACAUGGCUUCUCCAGAUGGCAGCGGCAUUGUGAGGAUGGCUGUCAGCCCGUUCGGCGACAGCGCGGCAUUUGGGACAGUGAAGGGAGGCCUGUUUUCUGCACCAGUGGUCCUUGAUGAGCCACCUGAGGUCACCAGCCUGCCUCGACUGCCGGGAGCAGCCUGCGCCCUGGCAUGGAACUCUAGCACUGGGGAGCUGUACGCUGCUUGCAACGCCGUCAUCACUGUUCUCCAGCCUGUCUUGUAA